UCCGCGAGGAAGUCGCAAGAUGGCCGACGUCGCUUGAAAGUAUGUUCCUCUCCUCAACAUGAAGUCGUGAGUGAGAAAGAGAGCGAGGGAGACAAAGUUGGGGUUUUAUUUUUAUUUUAUUUUAGUUAUUUUACUUUAUUUUUUUCUAAUCACCCAUCUCAUUCCGCAUCGUGUCUGCCCCCAAUUUGUCUUUUCUAGCGAGCUAGUUGACGCGUCAAUCACGCCGGGACCUUAGCUAGCUAACCAGCUAAGUUAGCUAGCUAGUUUGUUACUAGCAGAAGGCAUUUAACUAACGUUAACGUUGGCUAGUCAGCCUUCAGCAUAAUUGUGUGGAUAAUCAAAUGGUUGCAUGGUUUUCUUUAAGGUCAAAUUACCAUUGUGGUGUGAACGACUUCGCUAUGUUUGGGAACAAAUGCGUAGAAAUUGCUCCGCAAAUGUGUAGCCAGUUUGCUAGCAAGUGGGAUUAUAUUUGUGGUGUUUGAGACAUUGCCGAUAUCAUAAUUGUUAUUUAGCUAGCUUGCGCGCCGUUACUAGUUAUUGUAACAUUGUUGUGCAAGUUUGUAUUUGUUCAGCUAGCAACACUGUAAUUGGUCGAAAAAGUUAAUCUGGUAGUUGUGCUAUAGUCAUUCUGGCAGCCCACCAAAAUAUACCGAAAGGAAUGAACACACCGUUGCACUCUUACGACCAAAUUUGUAAAAUUGCUACAGUUAUUCUGCUGUAGUUGGCAAGGUACUGGUCAACGUGUAACUGGCUGUCAAGUUUUAUGACAUAGUUUGCAAACUGUAAACAUAUUCUUCAUUUAACGAAGACAAGCAUUACUACGUCGGUUACUACAUCUUCAACUUCACAUUGCACGAUCCCACAUUUGAUCGUUUGAACAGGAAUAAAGUAACGUUUAACAUUGCAAUGGGAAUUCAAGGUUUCCAGGAGUAUCUCGAGAAGCGUUGCCCGGGCGCUGCUGUUCCCGUAGACCUCCUUAAACUCGCCCGAACAGCAGCCCGGCAACCCCCUCACCACCACCACCACCACCACCAUCAUCCCCAUCACCCAAGCUCUCUGCCUCCACCACCUCCGCCAGCUCGAAUUCUGGUGGAUGCCGACUCUGGCCUGCAACGUCUGUACGGCGGCUAUCAGACAGAUUGGGUAUGUGGAGGCGAGUGGAACGCGAUGCUCGGUUAUCUGGCGGCUCUCUCGCAGGCCUGUUUGUAUCAGGGAGGCCUGGAGCUAGUAGUGAUUUUCAACGGCACACUCGGAAAAGAUCGCUGGCCGGAGUGGGCGCGGCGGUCGCAGGGGCAGCGGCAGACUGCGCAGCUCAUUGUCAACCACGUCGGCAGCAAGGCCACGCCGCCUCCGCGGGCCUGGUUCCUGCCCCCGGCUUGCCUUAGCCACUGUGUCCGCCUCGCCAUGUUCCGCUUCCGUGUGCGGGUGGUUCAGACUUUGGAGGACCACCAUCAGGAGGUGCUGUCCCUGUACAGGGACUAUGGUUUCCACGGCCUGAUCGCGCAGGACUCAGAGUUUGCUCUAUGCAAUGUCCCAGCCUACUUCAGCUCACACGCUCUCAAGCUCUCCUGGAAUGGCAAGAACCUGACCACUCACCAGUACCUGCUCUCUGAAGCCGCCCGGCAGCUUGGCCUCAAGACUCAGCACCUGCCAAUGUUUGCUGCUCUGCUUGGUAACCACAUUUUGCCAGAUGAGGACUUGGCUGCCUUUCAUUGGAGUCUUUUGGGCCCAGAACACCCUCUUGCCUCUCUGAAGGUGAGGGCCCACCAGUUGGUGCUCCCUCCUUGUGAAGUCGUCAUUAAGGCUGUGUCUGAGUAUGUAGCGUCCAUCAAAGACCUUGGGAAUCUGGAUGCUGUGGCCAGGGAUGUGUUCAAGCAGUCCCAGUCUCGAAUGGAGGAUAAAAUAGAGCGCUUUAAGAAGGCAGUGGAGUACUUUUCAAUGGCCAGUAAACCCAGACCUCCUUCUAUGGGACCCUCUCCUUAUCCCUUCCCAGGCUUCGGACCUGGUCAGUUUGGUGGACCUCCAGGCCCCAUGGGGAACAUGCCGCCUGGAAAAGCCCCGUUUGGCCCACCUCAGAUGUCGGGUGUAAAGGUGCCUUAUCCCGGGGCGCCCUACGGACCUGGUUCUGGUCCCGGACCUGCCCUGCUAUUCCCGAACCCGCCUCCCCCUCUACAAGACUGUAACGAUUCUCUAGUUGGGAAAAUGGGCUUUUCUGAUUGGUCGGCUCCUUAUGAUUCCACUCAAGGUGGCAGCAGACUGCCGAAUCACCACACAGCUGCUCCCUCGGGCACCUCCCCCUCUCCUUCGUCCUCCUCAGAUGGGGAGGAGCAAAAUGACACCAGCACAAACCAUUUAGCGGACAAAGGCUCCAGGUGGGAGGACUCCUCUGGCCGUGGGGGCGGAGCUUCAGGUGACGGUCCCCACGGCAACGGGAGCGGGCCUUCGAUCCCCUCGCUGCUCUCCAUGGCGACGCGCAGUCACAUGGACAUCACCACGCCACCCCUGCCACAGGUCAGCGCGGAGGUGCUGAGGGUGGCGGAGCACAGACACCGGAGGGGCCUCAUGUACCCACAGAUCUACCACAUCCUCACCAAGGGGGAGAUGAAGAUGCCGGUGUGCAUUGAGGACGAGUGCAACCCCGACCUGCCCCCCGCCUCGCUGCUGUUCCGUUCGGCGCGGCAGUACGCCUAUGGGGUUCUCUUUAGUCUGGCUGAGACCCAGCGGCGGGCUGAGAGGCUGGCCAUGCGCAAACGUGCCCCAGUGGAAGUGCCCCCGGUGAUUGUGAAGGAGUGGUGCGCCAGCAAAGCCAAGUCGGCCUUGACCCCGGAGCUGGUCCCUGCGCUGUGCUUCCGGGAGUGGACCUGCCCCAACCUGCGGCGCCUGUGGCUGGGCCGGGCCUCGGAGGACCGGAGCCGACGCACGCGCGCCUUCCUGGCCUGCAUGCGCUCUGACUGCCCCGCCCUGCUCAACCCAGCCCUCGUGCCCUCGCACCUGCUGCUCAUGUGCUGCGUGCUCAGGUAUAUGAUGCAGUGGCCUGGUGGAAGGAUCUUGCAGAGACAUGAGUUGGAUGCCUUCCUGGCUCAGGCCGUCUCCAACCAGCUGUACGAACCGGACCAGCUCCAGGAACUCAAGGUGGAGAAGGUGGACAACCGGGGGGUGCAGCUGGCCUCACUGUUCAUGAGCGGCGUGGACACGGCUCUGUUUGUCAACGACGUGUGCGGGCAGCCGUUGCCAUGGGAACACUGCUGCCCCUGGGGCUUCUUCGACGGGAAGCUGUUCCAGAGCAAGCUUGCGCGCUCCACACGGGACAGGGCCGCCCUGCUGGACAUGUGCGAGGGGCAGGAGGAGUUGGUUUCUCGGGUCGAGAAGAUGCGUCAGGCCAUCUUGGAGGGCAUCAAUCUGUCCCGACCGCCUCCCCCUCCCCCACCCAUGCCCCCUCCUGCCUUCCUGCCUCCUGCUAUGGUGCCCCCUUUCUACCCCAUGCACCCCAUGUACCCGCCUCGCCCGCUGGGAGCCAUGCCCCCUCCACACCACCCGCAUCACCCCCACCAGCACAGGCCUCGAGCUUUCCCAGGUAUCCAGUCCAUACCUCCCCAGGGAGGCAAGUUGGAAAUAGCCGGCAUGGUUGUGGGCCAGUGGGCUGGGAACAAACCAGUGCGUGGAAGAGGGGGGUUCAACAUGCAGGUGGUCUCAGUUGGAGGAGGAAAAGGAAGGGGUAAAGAGGUCACCCCAAAAGGAAGGGGAGGGAAGAAGGCACCCACCACCAACAGAACACAGACCCUGUCGUCAUCGCCGCCCCCCAGCAGUCCCCCGAAGUUGACGGAGGAGGCCAAGCCGGGGGCUGCGCUGCCCCCCGUACCUGUGGAGGGUGCUGUGAUGGCGCCCCAGCAGCUGAAUGGCAGCUCCCCAGGAACCGCCGUUGUGCAGCCCCUGGACCUGCCACCUCUGGCCCAGCCAAUCCAGUGUGCCUUAGCCAGCAGAGACAACCAAUCAGGAGAUGGGGUUGAGGUUGAGGCCCCUUGUUGCCUUGAUGACUGCCCAUCUGAGGGUGCACUACAGAAGGAGGAGUAAAAGAAAGAAAAAGAGAAUCUCCCGAUAAUGUAACAGAAGCGAUUGAAAGAGGAGGAGAGAGUGAUGCGUGUUAGACUGCCUUUCCUUGCAAAAAUCCUAAAUCCAAGGGGCCGCAGUAGCCAGUUUUAAUUUCCCUGUCGCGAAUCGGUUUAAUUUACGAUGCUACAUUUGCUGGAGGCCACACAUCUGGGUGGAACAUGCAGUGGUCUACUUGUCACCUGUUUAUCCGGCAAUUUGAUUUCCUUGUUAAGCAGUGCUGUUCCCCACAAGACCUUCACAUGCAUUGUGCUCUGAAAUGUACAGCCUUGGGAGAAGUCCUCUGCUGCAACAACCCCCCCCCCACCCCCCACCGCAUCAGUGUGUGCUUGCAUUGUGACCAGCUGCGGUGUUAUUGUUUUUUUGUUUUUUUUAAAUGCCUGUUAUGUUCCCUUAACAUUGUAAACAAGUCACUGUCAGUUUUGAGCGUUUGGUUGCCAGAAAAGGCUACAGCUGCCCCUGUUUUCCCAAAGCACCAUAUUUUGUUUUGUUUUUAUUUUGGGUGUCUUUUGAAAAAGAAAAAACUCGCCCACUAAGGAAAUUGCCACGUGACAUCUAAAGUGCAUUGCAAAAACGUUCUAGCUUAGAGCGGUACAGGACUUGCGAUUUAUAUCGGUUUAUAUAUCAGCUUUUGUGCUGCAUGAGCAAGAAUCGCACACAGUUGGUGGCCUCUCUGUUUCCCGCAGCCAACACAUGAAAAUGUGGACUAGUGUAAGUGACCUCACCCCUCUUACAGAGACGUGAGCUAGUGACUCUGAGUUGGUCAAGCAUAGUGUGUCAUUCCUUUGUGUCACCCUGUGUGUGAGUGUGUGUGUGUGUAUUUACUACUGUACAUUCCAACUCAGAGGCCAGCCAGCCCCGUUUCGUAGGAUAUCUGAUGUGCUAUUGAUCACCAAGGUCGUCUUUGACAGAGAGACUAGGUUAGGAAUUGGGGUUUGGGGUGGGAAAAGCACUACAAGCCUAGUCCUUUUGUAUAUCCCCUCUAAACAGCUGCCUGGGGACAGCCCUCCUCUCUGUGACAUGUUUUUAUUUUGUUUUGUUUUUGUUUUUCUUCUUGAAACCCUUUGCCUAGCAUUGCACUGCCACAGCCCCAGAGCACUCUGGUUGGUACCAACUCUGUGCGCUGCUCUAAACAGAGAAACAACAAAAUCCAAAAGAAACAGAGAAAGCACCUUACGGCACCCCCAACCCAAACAAAUAUAUAAGAAUUAUGCAAGCCCCCACCCGACCCUUGAAAUCCAAUUGUAUUUUUCCAUUGCUGUCCCCCAAAAGAAAAGAUUUAUUGAUUGUAUGUAAACAUAAUGGCACUUAUUAUUUAUUUAUUGUAUGAAUUAGGACUGUACAAAUGCUUUAAAAAUUAUUCAGAAGAGCCCCCAGCCUUUUGUUAGUGAGAGUGUCAGUGGACAUAUACUGGCCGGCCCCCUUUGUGCUUUCUGACAGUCAAACUGUCCAGAAAUGAAUCCCCCUUUCCGCCACCCCAACCCACUCCUUCGUGUCUGCAUGACGUGUGUGCAUGUAGUCUGACCCAUUUGAAUGUGAGAACAGAGUGCAAGCCAAGGAGCCAAGCUUUUGUUUAAAAAAAAAUAAAAAAAUGUCAGCGGUCCUCUCCCCUGUGUAAUGCGCCAACCUGGCUUAACCAACUAAACAAAAAAAAUAAAA